GGGAUAUAUGGUUCUAGUCUCUGAGAUGUGAUGUACUGGAUUUGUAAGGAGCUUUGACGAGAGAAGAACCACUCACAGGAUAGGCUUUGAGAACCGUGAAACCGGACCAUAACAGGACUGCAGUGCAGCGGAAGGAACCUAACAGACGGAGCGCUCGCUUUGGGCUCACCAGGGAAGGCCUGACCCCUCCAUUGGGCGGAUCGACAGCCAGGCGGAGGGGCCAUGUGGUCUGCACGCCUGCUCCUCUUCGCCAGCCUGUUUGCGCCAGCAGCUCUGGCCUUCAGUCGAGCUCCCAUCCCCAUGGCGGUGGUGAGGAGGGAGCUGUCGUGUGAGAGCUACCCCAUCGAGCUGCGCUGCCCGGGCACCGACGUCAUCAUGAUUGAGAGUGCCAACUACGGCCGCACCGACGACAAGAUCUGUGACGCCGACCCAGCGCAAAUGGAAAAUACACGCUGCUACCUUCCCGAUGCCUACAAGAUCAUGUCCCAGAGGUAA